AGCGUAGUGGCGAGUGAGGCACUUCCCUUCUAAUCGCUUGCUCCCGCCUUCUCCCCAGCUUCCACCCAGCUCCAUAUCAAGCACUUUACCGCAGUCUCUUCGCUCCCAUCAAUAUCCGACGCCCACAGAUUCUGCGACAAAGUCCACUGUCUGAUCAAGCGCACAAAGAUCAGAGGCAACACGUCUCACGAUGGGUUGGUUCAGUUCCACCCCAAAAGCCAGCUCCAGCACGAGCGCUGGCGGCAACACCGACAACGUUCCAACCCGCUCAGCCCGUCAAGCCUGCUGGUCAUCUCGCGACGCUUAUUAUUCCUGUCUCACAUCCAAAGGUAUUCAGGUACCUCCCGGUACGGACAUUACCAACGAGGGUAAAGGACCCAUCGGGAAAGCCGCACUUGAAGAGCAGAGGAAACGCGGAGCAGUGAAUGUGGAGGAGGAGCGGAGCAGAGAUCCUUGUAAGCACCUGAGGGACGGGUAUGAGGAACAUUGCGCUAGAAGCUGGGUGGAAUACUUCAACAAGCGAAAGGUGCUCGAAGAGAGGCAAAAGCUCAUGUUCGCACAGGGCGCCAUUCCAGCCGGCUCCGGUCCCGCCCCCGGUGCUGGUCCAGCAUGAUCUCAUCGAAUUGGAGGGCAUACAGCGAUUGACCACGAAUCACUGGUAUUGGGAAGGGCGCAUGGCCGCAUAUCUUCGACGAUGGAUGGCUUUCACUGCCCUCUGAUGCAGUGCGGCAUGUGUUGGAUGUGUGCGCGUCAGGUCCACGCUUUCGAAUGCCUGCCCGACCGCACGAGUGAGCUCGGUUCGGCAUGCCUCCCGCAAGAGAAGCUUGUCAGAUGCGUGUUCGUCUCACGACCGUCAUCACUCAAUUGUCUCAACCACCACACAAGUUCGACAAAUCUCGCGCACUGUGCGGGUAGCCCACACUUUAGUAUUUGAUCCCUCUGACUGAAGAAGCUCUGGCGCGCAAAAAAAGUCUACAAAGCAUGUCCUCAUUGCAGAGCACGUCAUCUUCACGAAGACUUCUCCUUUACGGAUUCAAUGCUGGCGCUCUUUUUCGCUUCUGUCUGAGAUUGCUUCUCUGUCGGCUUUGCACUCUUCGUAUCCGAUGAGGCCG